CUGAAAACAGGUUUUCUAGUAAGGACAGGAGGUGAGAAGAGGAGAGGAAACACCACCUGCAUACACGUAAUGUGGCAGACUCUUAUUUACAGUCUCAUCGGAGGAGCGGCUCUGCUGUACGCUCUGUACAGCUGGGUGAUCCCCUCCAUUGUGCAGUACCAUCCAGAUUUGGCACUUAUUUGGCAUGACAGAUUCGUGCAGCAAGUGUUGAACACACUGACCCAGUCCACGCGUCCUCAGCGGCUGCUGGCUGCAGUACAGAAAGAUGCCACAAGAGGAGACCCUCGCAGCGUGGUCCAAGCCAUCGAUCACUUCUGCAGACAGAAAGAGUGGGCCAUGAAUGUGGGGGAUGAGAAAGGCCGCAUUCUUGAUUCUGUGGUGUCUGAGGUAAACCCUGGGGUUGUGUUGGAGCUGGGAACCUACUGCGCCUACUCAACGGUGCGUAUAGCCAGUCUGCUGCCGCCUCACGCCAGGCUCAUCACGCUUGAAUUUAACCCAGACUACGCUGCAGUGGCUCGCCAGGUCAUUGCUUGGGCAGGACUGGAGGAUAAGAUUCAGUUAGUCGUCGGUGCAUCUGGAGACUGGAUCCCCAAAUUAAAGGAGCAGUUUGGGGUUAAAACGUUGGACUUGGUUUUCUUGGACCACUGGAAGGAUCGCUACCUUCCUGACACAAAACUAAUGGAGGAGUGUGGCCUGUUACGGAAAGGCAGCAUCCUGCUGGCAGAUAACGUCAUCUGUCCUGGGACUCCUGAUUACCUCGAGUACGUUCGGAACAGCCCUCGCUAUAAAAGCCAGUACUUCAAAUCUCACCUGGAGUACACCAAAGUGGAGGACGGCUUGGAGAAAUCCACUUUCUUAGGCUAGGCUUUCACUCAAAGCCUCACGUUGUGCACAUGCACUAAAACUUAAAACCGCCACGGUUUUUUGGGAGCAGAAAGUGAAAAAAAAAAAUCAGUUUUUCUAAUCGAGCUGAGUGUAGGAACCUGGAAUUAAAAGUGACGUGAAAGAAAAACAA